GUGGCUUGGCGGGGAGGGGCGGGGCCCGGCGGGGAGGGGCGCGGGCGCCGCGCGCGAGCCGGCGGCCGCCGCAGGAGGAGGGAGAUCCAAGAUGGCGGCGGCGGGGCCCGAGUCGGGGGGCAGCAGCGGCAGCAGCGGAGGCCUGGCGGGAUCAUCUACCUUCAAAAAAUCACUCACCCCUGAGAUGCCAGGUUCUUCUGGGCAGCCGGGCUCACAGACGAUAAAGAAGGGGCACAGAGGAGUGGACUCCACGGGGGAGACUACCUAUAAAAAGACUACGUCAUCUGCCUUGAAAGGUGCCAUUCAGCUCGGCAUUACACACACAGUUGGAAGCUUGAGCACCAAACCCGAAAGAGAUGUUCUCAUGCAAGAUUUCUACGUAGUAGAAAGUAUUUUCUUCCCAAGUGAAGGGAGCAACCUGACCCCAGCACAUCACUACAACGACUUUCGGUUCAAAACCUACGCUCCAGUGGCCUUUCGCUAUUUCCGGGAGCUGUUUGGGAUCCGACCAGAUGACUAUCUGUACUCGCUCUGCAACGAGCCACUCAUUGAACUUUCAAACUCGGGGGCCAGCGGAUCCCUCUUCUAUGUAUCCAGUGACGAUGAGUUUAUCAUCAAAACGGUUCAGCACAAAGAGGCCGAGUUCUUGCAGAAGCUGCUGCCUGGCUACUACAUGAAUUUGAACCAGAACCCAAGGACGCUGCUGCCAAAGUUCUACGGCUUGUACUGUGUCCAGGCCGGAGGCAAAAACAUUCGCAUUGUUGUGAUGAACAACCUCCUGCCGCGCUCUGUCAAAAUGCACCUGAAAUACGACCUGAAGGGCUCCACCUACAAACGCCGAGCAUCCCAGAAGGAGCGAGAGAAGGUCUUCCCAACGUACAAGGACUUGGAUUUUAUGCAGGACAUUCCUGAUGGCCUCUUCUUGGACUCUGACAUGUAUAAUGCUCUGUGCAAAACGUUACAGAGAGACUGUUUGGUCCUGCAGAGCUUUAAAAUCAUGGAUUACAGCUUGCUUGUGGCAAUCCAUAACAUCGAUCUGGCGCAGCGAGAGCAUGCGAUGGCAGACGGGACGUCCCAGACCGAUACGCGACGACCCGCCGCCCAGAAGGCCCUCUACUCCACAGCCAUGGAGUCCAUCCAGGGAGAGGCGCGGCGGGGGGGCACCAUAGAAACAGAUGACCAGAUGGGAGGCAUUCCAGCCCGCAACGCGAAGGGGGAGAGGCUGCUGCUCUACAUCGGCAUCAUUGACGUGUUGCAGUCCUACAGAUUUGUCAAGAAGCUGGAGCACUCUUGGAAGGCCCUUGUACACGACGGGGACACUGUAUCUGUGCACAGACCCAGCUUCUACGCCGAAAGGUUCCAACGGUUCAUGUGCAACACAGCAUUCAAGAAAAUACCACUAAAGCCAUCCCCUUCCAAGAAGAGCCGGUCUGGCACAGCGGUUCCUCGUCGGAGCUGUCAAGGAGUGCCUUCCCAGUCGCACAUGUCCUGUGAGACAAAAGCACAAGUAAUGACGGAGGCGGACAUAGAGCAAGGUUCCCACCUUGGUCGCCCAGAUCUCCUGCCCAGGACCCUGCCGGUAGACGAAGCUAACAGCGAUUCCAUCGCCACGACCCUGUCCACUUCUUCCUUGGGCAGCGGAGGCCUCAACUCGCCCGCAAAUAGGUCUCCCCAUUCUGUUUCCCCAGCGGUUCCCCAGGACCUUCCAUACUGGAGCGCUCUGCAGAGCUGAGAGAGCAGCUCGAAGACCUGCAAGAAACGGAGAUAAGCUUUUGAAGCCACACCGACGCCGCUGCGAUGGAAGCAGAUGGUUCUGUGCUCUGCGUGGUCUGUGGAGUCUGACAAACGUUCAGCCCCUGUUGCUGACUUUUUUUUUUUUUUUUUAAAAGUUAUCUUAUCUGGACAGAAACCUAAAAGCUGGAAGGCUGGGCUACACUUAGCGGGAUAGUAUUAACAAAGACCGAGCCAGCGCAGCUGAGCCUCGGACACCUGGAAGCCUCCUUGCAGCAGAGCCCACCACUGUGUCCCCGCUGUCCUCCUUCCUUUGAAGCCUGGCAGGAGCCAAGCUGGCUGUCGGGAGGAGGAGGAGGAACUGCUCUGCGUGGGCUGAAACCCUCUGGAAAAGGGAUCUGACUUUCAGGGAGUUAGCUGCUUCCAAUGCUGACACCACAGACCGUGCGAGAAGGGCGACUCUUUGGAGUCACUGGGAGGGAAACGGGCAUUAGAGCCUCGUUGGGGCAGUUUGCGACAGAGCAAUGUGGUUUUAUUUUGUAUUUUAAAAACGUUUUUAAUUUAAAUGUUUUCCUGAAUUCAGUCCUAUCACUUCUUUUUAGUCUGCAAUAUAGUAAUUUUUUUGUUGUUAAUGAAUAGGGUUUUUUUUUUUCAGUGUUCCACCAGAAAGCAUCCCAUGUGAGAGGGGCAGGAAGGGGGAGCAGAGGCUGUGCUGACCAUGGAUGAGCUCCUCUCCCCCGCCAGCCGCUCCUGGCUGCUGUACCCUCCUCUGUUCCCCACCUUGCAUCGUCCCGAGACAGCACUGAGGAGAGCUAGGUGCUGCGCUGCUCGGAGGACUUGGAAUGUGCAAAGCUUUUCCGACAUCAGGGAGGUUUUGGAUUGCUUUGUGUCCCCCGGUUUUUAAACAAAGCCCUUUCGUUCCUUCCCCGCCAAGCAGGGAGUCGCAGGUGAAGGGAGAUCUUCGUAAGGGGCACACUUUUUUAAAAGUAUUUCUUAAGCAAAUGGACCAAACCCAGCCUGCUCCGAUCCCUUCGCCUGCCCUCUGUCAUGCUGCGGGCACCGCGUGCAGAAUCCCUUCCGUUUUUAUAGCUCGGCUCCCUUUUGAUACCUUGCCUGUAUCACAGUCGACACCGGUGCUGCCGGCGGCUGGAAACAGAGAUUCCUACCGAAAUGGGCCAGACAUCUGCCUCCGCGCAAGGAUGGGGCAUCUUGAGUCCGGUUUUAAACCAGAUCAUGAGCUGGAAGGGGAGGAUCGUUCUGCUGCUGUCUCCCCGCGGUGCCGCUUGGCCCACGCCGGCUGCAGGCGCUUCUCUAGAGAUCUCAGAGCAGAUGUUGGACUGAUGUUUAUUUUCACUAAAUGCUUUUUUUAAAGAAAUGAAGUGACUCUUCCCCGUGUUCCUGGUGGGUUAGAAUCCUCUCUUCUUUUUUAUAUAUAUAUAAAAAAGUAAUUUAAAGCUUGCCCUUGUGGUAGUGCAAGGGGUUUCUAUACUAAUUAGCAAUGAUUGCUAAGGAAACAAAGAAUGUAGUGGUGUAGAAAGGGAUUUUUUUUUUUAGUUGAUGUUUCAGAGCCAAGUCUCUUCCCACCUUCCACUUCAACCUUUUAAAGUGGAUGCGACACAAGCUAAUAUUUUUUUAAGAAAAAGCAAAUUUUUUUUUUUUGUAAAUUCUAUUACUUUUUUUUCCAAAAUACCAAGCGGAAUGGCCUUACUCUGGGUAUCCGGAUCCCCAGGGGGUUGGUGGAGCGUGAGGACGGUUGCUGUUCACAAUCUGUUGGGUUCUCAAGGGCUCUCAAACCUUUCGGCACCGAUUAACGUCGGGAUGAGACCCAUGAGUGGGAGGAUCUGCUGGAUCUUCCUCCUCCUCCUUGCCUGCGCCUCCAACUCCACCCGGCAGGUUACACUUUAUAGCUGGAGUAACUGUCUAUAUUAGACACUUGUUCCUUAGCUUCCCUCCUAACCCGUAUUUGUUUGUGUCUGUUUUUCUUUUUUUUUUUUUUUUCCCAGGAGGGAAGAAAACAAAAGUCUCAAUUUUUUCCAUGAUUUAAUAUUUAUGAAGUUGUAUUUAAGUGGUGGGGUUUUUUUCUUUUCCUGGGGAUAGUUACUCAGUGAGUAGGGAGGUGGGGGGGUGGUGUUUAUAUAUUGACCUCUGCUUUGUAAUGGGUUUUCAGAACUGCUUUUUUUUGUGUGCGCGUGUUUCAAAGUGCCAGGCGACGACGGGUUUUCACCUCUUAAUUUUUUUUUUUUUUUAAACACCUGAGCGGCUUUUUUCCAGCGCAGGGAGGGGACAUCACUUCUCCGGCCCCACCGGGCAGCAGCCGCCGCUGCCUCGACGCCGGGCGGUGGGAUGGAGCGUGGAUGGACCCCUUGUGUCCUGGUGGGCCUCGGCGUCGCCGCUGUCACUGCUGGGACCCCCGGGAGGGGCAGAGCCAUGUCCCCCUCCCCGGGAGCAGCUCGUGCCGCGCGUGACCGUUGUCCUUUCGGCUCUGUAACGCUUGUGGCCUCGUCCGCUGUUGGAACCACGCUGUGUGGGACGCGCAAUACAGUGUGCUGCUGAACCUG